AUGGUUAAAUGCGCUGCCUGUGGCAAAUUUCUAUCACAAUCUGAAUCUGUUCGUUGUUGUAAAUGUAAUUCUUCAUUCCAUAAGGCUUGUGUGGCCAUACCCAAUACCGCAUCGGUGAAGGAUAACUGGACAUGCCCUGGAUGCAAAGUAAUGGUCCCCAGGGUGGACAACACGUCGACGCCGGUCAGGGGAGUGGCUGCGGAUUAUGUUGCACCUCCUGGUCCAGUUUGUUUGGAUGGUCCAGCCUCUAACACCACCGAAGAUCUGAAGCUUGACUUCGCGCUGGAGAUUCGUUCAUUUCGCAGUGAACUUAAAACUAUUAGGGAGGAAAUACGAGAGUGCCGUCUCGAAGUUUCCGAGAUAAAAGCUGUGUUAACCUCAUUCGAUUCGAAGAUCGGCGAUAUUGAGAAUAGGGUGUCGGUUCUUGAAACAAAAUGCGAACAAAUGGAAACCCCUAACUUGAGCGUAAUCGAGGAAACAAUUGCUAAUCUUCAGUCUCAAUUGAACGAUAGAGAGCAGGAGCUUCUCGCCAAUGACAUCGAAGUUUCCGGUAUUCCAGAGAAAAAGGGCGAAAUUUUACAUAGUGUGGUCAUGGAACUCUCUACAAAAUUGGGUGUGCCGUUUGAUGAACGCGAUGUAGUACACAUGGAGCGUGUAGGCUCGGUGCGUCGCAAUAGAAUAGAGGGGAGCGAUGACGAGCCCGGUGAGCAGCGGCCGCGUCUUAUUGUCGUGCGAUUCGCUCGGCGGACGGCGCGCGAUCAGUGGCUGCGCGCCGCUCGCAUACGCCGCAACAUUAACACUGAAGGUGUCGAUGCUCCUGAUUGCCAAAAUAAUAGUACCAAAGUUCCCAACAAACCGAGAAAUGUUUAUGUCAACGAGCGGCUCAGUCGUCGUAAUCGGCAACUGUUUUUCCUCUCACGCCGCGAAGCUAAGAAGAACAAUUGGAAAUACGUCUGGACUAGCGGCGGUCGAGUUUUGGCUCGCAAGGGAGAUGGCAACAGUGUUGUGCUUAUUCGCACAGAAAAAGAUAUCUCUAAGAUUUUUUAA